CUAGCGUUACUUCAAGAAAAAUCCCUUUGCUUCGAAAGCCAGUGAAAAAAGCCAACCGAAAGUGCCUCUAACUACCUGCUACUGAAAAACUAGUCUGUUGUUUGCUCUUUCUUUGCUACUAAACAACUUCUACCACUUCUUUCUACCAUUUUUUUUUGUCCUUUUCUCAGCUCGUCACAUUUAUUUUGUCUUCAAUUUUGGUUUUUCUAUAAUCUCGACAACACACAUUUUCACUUUGUAAAUACCCAAUCCAUGUAUUUCUCCCGGAACCUCUACUACCAAAAGCAGCACAAAAAUGUCUACAACUUCGACGGGACGUCGACCAUUGCGUGGGGCAGCUGCCGUGCCGGUGCGCCGUAGGGUCACCGGUAGUACCGGUGCAGCAGUUCCUGGCGCAGCAGGUCCUGCGGCCAGCACGAAGAUAAUCUUCCGGGUGCUUGGGCUGCUUCAUUUUUUCGACGGGCGUGGUGGUCUAUUCGCGCCAGGAGCGUGGCACCAAAGUAGAAGAACCAGCAGCAUCUUCCUAGCCGUGCAGGGUUUGCAACUGGAGAAAUUGUAUAAGGGGUCCGCUUUCUCUUCCUCCGCUCCGCCCGGUGAUCACUUGUGUAGUUAUUCGGGCACGCCACAUCAAGCAGAAGGAGCAGGACUACAACUUCUUCACACGGCUGCAGGUGCGCAUGAACAUCUUCAAGCGGCAGGAGAAUUAUCGGAUACCACUUCUCAAGAACCGAUUUCGAUUUCCUCGGCAAGAAGUGCCGCAGUAGCUGCAGUCCCAGGGCGGGAAGAACUAGAAGGUCCGUCUGCAGCUCCGGGCGAAGUACUAGAUCAAGAUGCCACGGCGGGCGUCAACAUCUCCUUAUCCCUGAAGCAGCGUACACUUCCAAUCCUGAACCUUAACGGCGACACAAUCAGUCAUGUGUCUCUGCCGAUUGAAAGCAGGGAUGAUUUUCGAAAGGAGUUUUUCGAAAAUUAUCUCUUGGUCGCAGAAGGUGCGAGGACAACAAGAGAUACUGCUGGCUAUGCAGGCGCCGGUGGUACUAGUGGGACUACUGCAAAAGCAAAUGUGGGCCACCUACAACGGAAAGAAGUGCUUCUACAGCCUUCCGAAUUUCAGAAGGGCUUCCCCGGAACCUAUAACGCCAAAAUUGUUUUUGGUACAGCGCCGAAUUUUUUUCCCGACCUGUGGAACAUCGAUUUCUGCAGUAGCGUGAGCAGGAGCUCCGGAAAUUGCAUUCCAAGUCGUGUGGGACCAGCUGCUCCUGGGGCCGCUGAUAGCAGCUCGUCGUCUACGCGCGAGCAGGAGAUGAAAAUUAUGUGCGACCCCCACGACCACCUUGGACAAAAUGAUGAAACUACACAGCUUGACCUCUUCAAUCGCCAGCUCUGUUUGAACGAAGUCGGGCUGGGGUUGGCUCAUCAUCUUCCAGGUCCAUCUUCGAUACACGGUCGUGGAACUGCUGCUGUAACAAAUUUUCACCAGCACGCUGUGCUAAUCAGAAGCCAAUUACCGUCCUUGGCCGACCCCUGGACUUUCUACCGCGGCACAGACUUACUCGACAAAAUCGAGGAGUACGUGUUCUCGGAUCCGGGAGAUGAUUAUCUUUAUCAAAUAAACGGGUGUAGAAGAGAGCGGACCGUCCCGGGCGGAGGGAUUAGAUGCGAGAAUUUUGUCAUCGAGGAAGACCCUUCCGACCAAGAAUUUCGAACGCACGUGUUCACGGUCUUGAACAACAUUUGGGUGGCCUUGCAGGAGGAGGCGCGCACAAACGAAGCGCUCGCCUUUGUGUUACUAGGGAAGAAACUACAAAUGCAAAGUAAAUCUGCUGCGCAUAAUAGAGAGGGUUCCUCGACUGCAGAACAAGGAUCAUCUUCAUCAUCAUCUGGAAACUAUAAAGCGAGGGAGGACGUCCUCGAGGACCCUGCAGCGCCGUAUCAAGACGCAGGAGUUUUUUUACCACGCAGUGGCCGUUUUUUACCACGUGAAGACCUCCUACUUGCCGAUCUUCUCGCGGAAAGAGAGUUCGAAUUCGUUCCCUUAUGGAUGUGUCAGGAUCGAAAUCGACAGAGUUGAAAUGAUUUCUCAUGCAUAAAAUGCAGCCCAUAAAGUGCCUGUCUUGCAGAGUAGGCAUCAAGUGAGGCAGAUUGUAAGCCUGGUGAGGGGUAGAAACUGAGCUGCUAAAGUAGCAUGACAAAAGGCAUCUUCCUUACUUACCCAAACAGCACGACAAACUGGAUUUCGGUUCUACCCAAAUUUGUCAUGCGCCACUUGCAAGCUGGGUUACACCUGGCAUCCAUUUUAUGCAUGGCAAAUCAUUUGAACUUUGUCGAUUUCAAACCUGACGCUUCCAUAUCCCUCUCGACUCGCAUUCGACGUGGAUAAUGACACGGUUCGGAUCAAGCGCGCAAGUGGCUCCGGGCUGGAACGCGACCCCCACCGCGAACCAAGCGCGCUGCAGGAGGGUCGCCGACUCCACCGAAGUGGCAAUUACGUGAUUUCAGUCACCUCGGAACAAUCACUGAAGUACACCGUGCCCGAGAAAUAUCGCAAGAAAAAAGUGUUACAGUUACACACAUAGUCUUUGCAGGCCAAGCAAGACAGACAAGCUCUGUCAUGCCGGAUAUGCAUAGGGGCCUCGUUUCAUCGGUGUUUUCUCGUAGGAUUUCUGCAUUACAAGUUUUCUCUCUCAUGCAGAGAAAUUUGUGUUGCUGAAUUGACUACAAAUGUGUAACUGUAACACUUUUUUCGUGGGAUAGGAAUAGCGACUUGGACCUAUCCCACGUCCCAACCUGCGCAAUGUUUUACGGGGCUCCCCCAAGGAAGCAGGCAAAGCCCGUUUUCCGAUUCGACCUGGAGUUCGCCCCCAGGAUCGCGACGGUGGAUAAAGCGAGACCGAGUUUUGAUGGGUGGAACAGUAGUUCUUCAUCUUCAGGCGCUAGUGGUAGUGAAACUUCUGAUGAAUCGUUUGCGGCAGAUGGAGCGGAAGUAGAUCACGACCGUCGUUGGGAGGAAGUAGAACCCGUUGAUUUUUAUCGAGAGUUUGGCAUUCCUUUACCCCACGAGCGUCGGGGGUUUUCUGUUCGAAAACAAGCAAAUGAUGUAGUCGGCGUCGGGGCCACGGCCGGCGGUGCAACUGGUGACGUCGACGAAGAUGAACACAUGUUAGGACCACCUUUGGCUUUGCCCAACCAAGCUCAUGAUGGUGAAGAUGAUAAUGUUGAAAUGACUCCCGCCCAGGACGAGCCGGAGCAGGCCCAGGCCCACCGCGACGAGCCGCCUUCGUUCCCUCCCCCACCGCCCACCGACGCAGAUAUGGAGAAUGCAAAAAGGCAUUAUGGAUUGCAAAUAUGUCUGGGUCUGGAAACUUGUAAUGCUAAAAGUGAACGAUAGACGCGCCGCAAGACUCAGCUAUGCAUGACAAACUUUGUGUCUGCCAUGUCUUAUGUAUUCCGCAUGGCAAACUGCCUUUUCGCAUGACAGUUAAGCGGACUCUUUCGUGCCUAGGCAACACAGAUUCUCGAGUCAUGCCAGACAAGCAUGACAAACUUGCAUUUUUCCAGACCCAGACAUUUUUGCAUUUGAUAGGCAUUAUCCUCUCGCAAAAGUUUUUCUCACGAUCUGCUAUCCUUUGAAGAAGCAGAUUCCGGGCCACUCGCUGAUCUGCAUGGACGUGGAGGUAACGUACCCUGAAGGUGUUGACGAUCAGCAAGUAUCAACGGCUGAUGGUGGUGGUAGCCCUGGUAGCCCAACAACAUACAAGGUAGCGGUUGGAGGGGAGCGGAUUAUCUGAUAGGCGUUUAUCGAUAUUUGUUGAAAAGCAGAAGAAGAAGUGAAGUACGUCGCGGGGGUGGCUUUCUAUCGCAACCAGGAUCAAACCUGGACUGUAGAAUGACACCGAAAUGUCGAAAGCACGAUGUUCGUGUGCACGCCCAAGAAGAAAUGAAAGAGAACAGAACGAUAGAAACUUUCACAGGACAAGCACUAGCAUGAUGAUGAUGAUGAUGAUGAUGAUGAUGAUGAUGAUGAUGAUGAAAAACAGAAACUAAUUUUGAAAAACAGAGACAUGAACAAAUUUGGUAAUACUACAAGAGACCGUACUAAAAAGAAACAGGAGAGACCGUACUACAAGAGACCGUACUACAAGAGACCGUACCACAGAGGUAAUACUGCAAGAGGCCGUACUACAAGAGACCGUACUAAAGUUGUAGGAGCUGUGCCAUGAUCAUGGGCAGCUUUUUUCUGUGAUCGAACUCGAAUACAGUGACAGGUUGUAAAUGUUGAUGAAAUGAGGGCAACAGAAA